CCAGGUACAGGUGCAGCCUAACACCCAAGGAGAAGGAAGUCCUGACGGCUUGUCUAGGAGUAUUCAUGAACUGGAUGGGCUGAGAAUUAGUCAUGUGACAAAACAGAAACUUGAGACUUGACUAUGUGAUCAGGCGAGUUUUACUUCUCAUGUGAGAUGAGUAUGUGGGUACUACAGGCUGCACAGUGCAAAGCAUACAGCCAAAGCGUCUAUGGGAUUUCCACAAAGCGCAUGAGAGCUGCGUAAGGGGCAGGAGGGGCUCAGUGACACCCAGACACACAUGGUCCUCAUUGGAAUUGUCCGAUACAAUGGAGAAAAUCUCUAAGAUUACAGGACCAGCUGGAGAGAAGUUCAGGCAGAUUCAGAAAAUGGUGCAUGACCUAAAGAAUAAUGAGGGUGGAAUUAUGCAAAAGUUCAAAAGGUUCCAAAAUGAUCAGGUGGCGUUAUUUUGUAGGACUGGGAAAGAUGCAUGGGAUCGAAUAACAAACAAGCCUCCACCGAGUGUUCCAAGACGAGACUAUGUGGCAGGUCCACAGGACGAAGAGACCGACGAGUGGUCAGAUGAAUCUGCCAAAUCCAGAAUAGCCAACACCAAGCAUCCGUACACAUUUGGCUGCCAGAAAUCAGGAUUGCCCCACAGAAAUCUGGACUGUCGGGGGGGGAGUGACUACGAGAAUCCCAAUUGCCAUUCUGAUGAGGAAACAUAUGUGGUUCCUACUGAAGAACAAGAUGAAAGCUAUGAACCUCCACCAAAUGAACAAGAACCUAGAUUUACUCCAUCCUACAGGUUUACUGACAGAAAUGGAGGAUAUGCUGACAGGAACCAGGCACCAGCAAGCACCCCAAACGAACCCAGAAAUAGGCCUACAAGACCGCUACCUAAACCAAAUGAAUCAACCUUGCAUCAAGUCAGUCAUUUGCCUCCUCCAAGCAGAUCUGUACCCAAGGCAUUGCCAAAGCCAGCUGUGGUGACCAGACAGCUGCCAAUAUCCGUACUGCCACCAGUAAGGAAGAAAUCACAGCCACAGCAUGAUGAUCAGGACUACGUGGUACCUGGUGAUGAGGAAGAGGAUGAUAAUUACAUAGAACCUACUGCAAGUCCGGAGCCCUAUAGGCCUCCCAUUGUGAUUAGAACCAAUAAACCUGGCCAGUCAUCCAUUACAAGGUCUUCAAAGCACACAGAGGAACCAGAUCAUUAUGAAGUCCCUGAAAAUGAGGCUAAACCCUCUCCCCCUGCAAGAGAAGCAAAACCUGUGCCGAGAAGAAAAUCUCCACCAAAACAGGAGCCACGGAUCACGGGUGACAACUUUGAAGAUACUGAUAGAAGACCAGAGCCACCCAUGAAGCCUGCCCCUCAUCCCCGAAAACCAAAGCCUGGGCCGACAUCACCAAGAACACCUGGUUUCCUUCCAAGAGAUUUGAACAGCAACAUAGAAAAACCUGCAGUUUUAGAACGUCAAAGGAUACAAAGUAUUGAAUCAGAUGUUCCACCAACACCACCAUCAAGGCAAAGCCUUCCAGAGAUUGCAAGUCGCUAUGUGGUCAACCAUAGUCGACAUGGCAGUGUUGUGGAACAGGAUGCUGGGGUGCUUAAUAAAGACUGGUACUCAUCAUCGUGUGACCGCAAAGCAGCAGAAGAGGCCUUGCAAGCAGCCUGCAAGGAUGGUGCCUUUUUGGUAAGGCGAAGUACCGGUCAAGACCAGAAACAGCCAUUCACCCUUGUAGUUUUUUACAAGAAAAGAGUAUAUAAUAUUCCAGUGAGAUUUAUUGAGUCAACUAAGCAAUAUGCUCUUGGAAGAGAGAAAAGUGGAGAGGAGAAAUUCAACAGUAUUGCAGAGAUGAUUGAAAAUCACCAGCGAUCAAGCCUUGUGCUAAUAGACAGCCAGACCAAUACAAAAGACUUAACCAGGUUAAUGCAUGCUGUUAAAGUUCCAUGAGCUAUUGUCAAAGCUUCAUCAAUCAAGCUUCAGAGGAGUUUCUUCAUGACUACUGGAUACACAAACGAUCAAUUUGGAAAUUUGGAAACAUUUUGACAGAAUGCUUACAGUACACACUGUAUUUUCCUGGGGGGGAGAUGAUUCUUAAAAGCUUGAUAGGACUUAAAUCCUGUAUAUAUAAUUUUUAUAAUUAUCUAUGUGUGCACAAUAAAGCCAUUUAAAAUGAA